AUGGCGGCCACGGCAGGUGGGCCUCUAUCAGCGUUCCAGUCGCCGACGUUUGAUCGCGAUGUCGAGGUCAAAGUAGAUGACGAGAUUGGCGCUGCCAGCAUAAGCCCAGCAGGCCGCGACAUCGUCCUUGCCAGCAAGAGCGGCCUCCGCAUCAUUGACUUGGACAAUCUUUUUUCGUUACCUCGUUUCAUUCCAAACCAAUCGUCGUGGGAUGUCGCUGAUGUGCAGUGGUCACCCUUUGCGGCACGCGCAGAAUGGAUUGCUACUACCCGCAAUCAGCUCGCGCUCGUAUACAAUCUCUCCAUGCCGUACAACAGCAAGAAAGCACCCAUUGAAUACACGCUACGCGCCCAUGAACGCGCCAUCACAGACAUCAAUUUCUCUGCCCAUCAUCCAGACUUACUCGCGACAUGUGGAGUUGACAGCUUCGUCUUCAUACAUGACCUCCGGAGUAGGCAAGCCCCGUUGAAGCUCGCCGACUAUACGGCUGGAGCAACCCAAGUCAAAUGGAAUCGCCAGAAUGACAAAAUUAUUGCCAGCGCCCACGACAAGUACCUCCACAUCUGGGAUACUCGCCAUGGAGCGACUCCCCUCUCGACCAUUGCCGCCCAUACCACCAAGAUCUACGGUAUUGACUGGAACCGCAACGACCCAAGCAAAAUCAUGACAUGUUCUUUGGACGCGACCAUCAAGCUUUGGAGCAAUGUAGGAAGGUCUGAUCAUAUCACUGCCCCCCGGCGCGUCAUCCGCACUCACUAUCCUGUAUGGCGAGCGCGCCACACACCCUUUCCUCACGGCAUUCUUGCCAUGCCGCAACGAGGUAAUUCGAAUCUUUGGUUAUACAAGCAUGUCAACGAUAGCGAUGCGUCAACCUUUAAUAAUGAGCCAGUUCACGCCUUUCAAAAGCAUGAUUCUGAUGCUCAAGUCCGCGAGUUCCUAUGGCGUUCUCGUGGCUCUACUGACUACGGCAUCGAUAAUCGUGACUUCCAGUUGAUUUCUUGGGGGACCGACAGGCGCCUACAACUUCAUCACCUCGAUCCCAAGCUUCUCGAAAAGGCUGUCGGCUAUCGAAAAGGCGAACGUCUUGUCGAAGAGCCCAGUGCGACGCGUAGAGGGGCUACCUAUGUAUCUUAUCGCGAUGGUCCUAUUCCUACUACUACUGCAGGUGAUCGGGACUACUUUGGUCCACCACGCCAACAACGGAAAGGGAAUUUGUCAACCUUGCUGCAGAACUACUCCCUCAACGAAGACGUUCAUACUUCUCGCUUUCCUGGACAAACACACGCCAAGAUACAUCCAGAGAUAGUGCAGAGAGAGACCAUGACUGCCCAGCCCAUUCGCCGCAACGACCCACGUGUUGUUAACCACAUCACUUGGAUCAACGGAGUCAAAUUCGGGGGUGAUCGUCACAAUAAUGUCAAUGAUAUUCACGCUCGGCCCAACCAGCAGGAUCUUGGCGAGAAGUACCCGUACCAAGAGCAGAAUGACCUCGGUGCUGAGAUAUCAUAUGUCGGCAACAAAUACAAGAAGCUCGCUUUUGAAGAGAUUGACGUGCCGGGUCGCUACAUCAAGGUCUCGUUCAACGGGCCCUGGGGUGACCACGAUCCUGCAACUGAUGGCGCAAAGCUUGUGUUUCUUCGAUUUACUAUCAGGUUUCCGUCUGCUUAUCCCAAAGCUGUUGAAAAUGGGCAGCCCGAUUCCAUUCGCCACAGGAUACCAACCCCACUAGAUAUUGAAUUCGAGAGGACAACGGCAUCCAUCAGCAAAGAACACCAAGAAGAACUAGUCCACAAUAUGCAUCGUAUCGCUGCUACCUGUGCUGAACAGGAACGCGAGGCUCUGGAGGCAGUACUCUCGUAUGCUUUGGGAGAGCGCGCUUUGGACGAUAGCCUGGACCUGGGCGAAGACGUUGAACCACUCGAAGAUCUUGGACCCUUGCCUGGAGAAAGUUCCAGCGAAGACGAGGAUCACGAGGGCGAGUUUACUGAUGACGUGAUGCAAUCCUCUCAUAUGAACGCUGACAUUCCCCUUCCCAUUCAGUGUACUGCCCGGUUCUCAGCCGAUGGGUCCCUUGUGGUUGCAAGGAUACCACCAGUAAAAUCAAUGCCUGGCUCAGAGGUGUUCAGAUUUCAGAUUGCGAGAAAUCUUCGCCAAAGUGGCCUGAAGAACGAUAUCUUUGACUCUUUUGGUCGCUUUACUUCCCGUCGUGCUGAGGAUUCAGAUGGAGCGUCGUCUCCAUCCUCUUCUGUUGGUUCUUGGGAAACUUCUUCCACUCCGUCGUCUUCUUCUGGGUCUGAUCAUGACGGGAGUGCACGUAUUGGCAACUUUCAGCCUCCUCUGGCUUGGCAGAAAUCUAUUUCUCGCUUUCAGUCACGGAACUCGUUGCCUUCUUCGGGUGGUGUGGCAAAACAGCCAUCCAAGACCAAAUCUACAGUGUCGAUCCUGUUCUCGGCUACAGAUGACAUGGUUCCGAGCAAGCGUGUACUUGCGGAGGAAUAUCGCAUUUUUGGCCCUGGGCCCAUCAUUUGCGAGCACAACUCUGAAGUAGCAAGAAGUCAUGGAUUCGAGGAUCUUGCCGAUAUCUGGAUGCUUUUUAAACUAAUUUUGAGCAAUGAAGUACCUGUGGAGAUACUUCCUCAACAAUAUCGGAGAGACCAGGUCCUUGUGCUGGCCCGAAGGGCUCUUGUAAGGAUCAAACGUAAAGACAGUGGGCUCGACCUCGCGUUUGACGAGUCAGAAAGCGUGACCAACCCUCAGCUGAAUGCUCGAGUCAAGUGGGGUCAUCAUCCUAUCGUCACUUGGCUGAUACCUGCACUUUUUGACCACUUUGAACGCCUGGCAGAUGUUCAGAUGCUUGCUAUGUUGUCUUGUAUAUUUGCGGAACCUGCUACGCGCGAAGGUGUGACCUCAGCCAUGGCUAAAAUGCGGCAAUCUCAGCUCCCUAUGUCUAUGGAAGCACCGGCGUUCUCUCUAGACUACUUCCCCUCGUCGGACGCGGCAUGGAGUUUGUUCAAGCCCACGAUUUCCAUCCCACCUACGCCUUCGUAUUCCCGCUUUGCAACCCCGGUCAAUGAAUCUGGUUCCCAGAGAUCCGUUAAGAAUCUCGAUAUCUACGGAAGUCAUGGGAGUUCGAACGGGCCAUGGAGUAGCGACGCAUUCCAUUCGGACCCCGUUACACCCUACUCGACUGGCAACACGCCACCUCUCUUGUCUCAAAUACCUCCAAUUAGAAAUGCUUAUACAGCAAAUCACACUCCAUAUGGAACAUCGCCAGAGAAUAGCCAUACAGCUCAUAAGAAGAGCUCGACUGCAAACUUUGCGAGUGCUGUAGCAGCAUUGUCACGGCCUUUUUCGAAUGCAAUGUCUUCGUCGCCUCCGGUCAGGUCACGGAUCGAAGAUCUCUCUACAUCUGCGCCGACUAGUGGGGUGACUUGGGGAACAACGACAUUCUAUGGAAGUGACUCUCAUGACCAAAACAGCAUGGCAGCUCCACGCACAAAGCAAGGAAAGCGCGCAAGCUUCGGACAGUCUGAGCACGUCGAUAUCAACUAUAUUGGCGAAUCCGACUCGGACUACGAAAAGGUGGAUGAUGAAGGCAGCUACGCCACGACAGGUGUCAAAGAACGCAAUGUGCCCGGCACGCCUCGAGAGGGCGAUGGUGGCAGGGCUAUCAAGGUUACACUAAAAAACCAAGACCAGUUCGAUGAUGAGGCAUGUUUCAGCCGGCCGUUACUAGAUGCAAGUAAAGAUUGGCUACAUCGUGUCUGGCGAGAGCAGUAUGCUGAGAUGCUGAAUCGGUGGGGCCUAGUCAGUGCUCGAGCUGAAGUACUCAAGUUUAAUGGGCUUGUUUCGUACUUUCCAGUCGAGUAUUCUCGUACCAGCUCAAAGUCUGGCUCGAUUUCACUUGCGAUCAAACGGUCUAGCGAUGACGAAGAAGAGGAGGAGGAGGAUGAGAAGAUAGCUCAACGCGUAUCAAGGGCCUCAACAACAUUAGUGCCUCCAACGCCCACUACGGUGCAAUCGAAGCGCCUAUCUACUGCAUCUCCAAAGCACUUCUCCUUCAAUCCAGAGGCUACAGAGUUCCAGCCCAGCACCAUAACAAACAUCCUGUCGGAAGAACAGAUAGCGGACCUACCCAUGGAUGCAUUCAUUCCUCCGGAGCAAUACUUGCGUCUCUCGAUACCAGUUCGCACGCCCACUGCAGAGCUUGACGAGAGCCUUGCUGGACUAAGCACAUCACCUGCUCAGUCCAAACUGCAACCGCCCCCAAGCCGGUCCAGCAGACCAAGCCUCUCACGAGGCACAUCCAACGUCUCCGGCGGUUCAUCGUGGCGCGAAAGCCGCCCAGCCCCCACCGUCAGCACGGAAAUCUCCAAGCCCGCAGAGGUGGAAACCACCUACAGCUGCAGCAUCUGCUGGAUCCGCGUCUCCGGCCUCUUCAACCUAUGUCCCGCGUGCGGCCAUGUUGCACACAUGGACUGCAUGGGCGACGAAAUCGGCGUUGACGAAGGCGAGUGCAUCGUCGGCUGCGGUUGCGGCUGCGGCCUCGAAGACGACGACGAGCGCUCCAGAAUGGAAGCGUACAUCGAGGGUGUCCGCGCCGCGCACGCUGAAGGCAGCGCCUGGGAAGACGGCAGUGAGUGGAUGCCCAGCGGCACCACGACGCCUGCGCUGUAUCCUGAGAGUGCGUACGGUGAUUUCAUGACGGGUGGCGCGAGUAAGAUGAUGGGGAGUGAGGAUAGGAAGAGGGAGAGAGCGACCGGGGUGGGGCGCAGAGAUGUGGUGAGUCCUACGCCUACUAAGACGAAGAAGAAGAGUAAGAAGAAGGUUAGGGCUUCGGGGUUGAGUUAUUAUUGA